UGCUUAACAGCAAAGCGUCCCAGCUGAGUGGUAACUGCUUCCCUUAAUUAAUUUUUUAACAAACCAAUUUCCUUCUCUCUCUCUCUCUUCUUUCUUUCACACUCUCCAUCUCUCUCUUCUUACUGUGUUACCACUUCUAUAUUACAUUUACAGUACGACAUUUCUAUCCAAUAACAAAACCCAAAAAAGCUAAAACCAAAAAGAAAACAAAACAAAAAAAAAAAACGCAGAUUUGAAAAGCUCCAUUAAUUUGAACCCUCCAUCUUUGCUGCAAUUCAUCCGCAUUACCCUGUUGUGUAGAGAGAUAGGUAUUGAUGAAUCUGGUUCAUUAUUUGGAUUAGUGAUUUGUGAUUUGUGAUUUGUGAUCUCUGAGUAGGAUAGAGUAGACAGAUUUAGGGGGUUUGUUUCCCCAGCAUAAUAAACAAACAAUGGCUGAGCUUCCAAACGAAGUGGAAACUAGUAUUUCUCUUUCAACAGAGACUUACGAAGUUUGUGAUACGACAUCACCGAUAAUAACUACUACUACUACUCCUCCUUGUACACAACCUCAGCCUCUUUUAGUCUCAGGAUCUUUCAAAGAAGGCAAGACUUCAUCCCGUAGUAGACGCCCAUCUCGCCGUCCCAGUCUCGAUGCUGAUGACUUCUUAAACCUCCUUCACGGCUCGGAUCCGGUCAAGGUCGAGUUAAAUCGUCUUGAGAAUGAAGUCAGAGAUAAGGAUAGGGAGCUUGCUGAAGCACAAGCGGAGAUCAGAGCAUUGAGGUUGUCUGAACGUCUUAGAGAAAAAGCUGUUGAAGAGCUCACCGAAGAACUGGCGAAGGUGGAUGGAAAACUAAAACUGACUGAAAAUCUUUUGGAAAGCAAGAAUCUAGAAAUAAAGAAAAUCAAUGAAGAGAAAAAGGCUUCUAUGGCAGCUCAAUUUGCGGCAGAAGCCACCCUUAGAAGGGUCCAUGCUGCCCAAAAGGAUGAUGACAUGCCUCCCAUUGAAGCCAUUCUUGCACCUUUAGAAGCUGAACUUAAACUUGCUCGGCAGGAGAUUGGAAAGCUGCAGGAUGAUAACAAAGCUCUAGAUCGUCUCACCAAAUCAAAAGAAGCUGCUUUGCUGGAAGCUGAGAGGACAGUUCAGGCUGCCCUUGCUAAGGCUUCCAUGGUGGAUGAUCUCCAAAAUAAAAACCAAGAAUUGAUGAAACAGAUAGAAAUAUGUCAGGAAGAAAAUAAGAUUUUGGACAAGAUGCAUAGGCAGAAGGUUUCAGAAGUAGAAAAGCUGACCCAAACAGUACGGGAACUAGAGGAGGCUGUUCUGGCUGGUGGUGCAGCUGCUAAUGCAGUGAGGGAUUACCAGCGAAAAAUGCAAGAAAUGAAUGAAGAAAGGAAAACACUGGACAGGGAGCUGGCUCGUGCGAAGGUAACUGCUAACAGGGUGGCUACAGUUGUUGCUAAUGAGUGGAAAGAUUCAAACGACAAAGUGAUGCCUGUAAAGCAGUGGCUCGAGGAGCGGCGGUGUUUACAGGGAGAAAUGCAGCAACUUCGGGAUAAACUUGCUAUAACAGAGCGAGCCGCAAAGACUGAAGCGCAGUUAAAAGAGAAAUUUCAGCUGCGCCUCAAAGUUUUAGAAGAGAACUUGAGAGGAACUUCAACCAAUAGUAACCGAUCUACGCCUGAGGGAAGAAGUAUUAGUAAUGGGCGCCGUCAGUCCCUUGGAGGGGCGGAUACCAUGUCUAAAGCAAAUGGCUUCUUACCCAAGAGAUCUCCAACACUUCAAUCAAGAUCUUCUUUAACUUCUAGUGCUAGUAUGAUGUUGAGACAUGCAAAGGGGGUAUCAAAAUCAUUCGAUGGUGGUACGAGGUCUCUAGAUAGGGGUAAAAUCAUGUUAAAUGGAAGUAGCACAAAUUAUGCUGUCAACCAAUCUUCUGAGGGGUCCAAGGAAUGUGAGGCCCAGAGUACCUGCAAAGAAGAUUCUGAUGAAAAGCCAAAUGAUGCAGAAAUAGCUGUUAAGGAGGAUAGCGUCCCAGGUGUAUUAUACGACUUGCUACAAAAGGAAGUCGUUGCACUUAGGAAGGCUGGUCUUGAAAAAGAUCAAAGCCUUAAAGACAAGGAUGACGCAAUUGAGAUGCUAGCAAAGAAAGUAGAGACAUUGACAAAGGCUAUGGAAGUUGAGGCGAAAAAGAUGCGAAGGGAAGUAGCUGCUAUGGAGAAGGAGGUUGCUGCCAUGCGCUUAGAAAAGGAGCAAGAGAACAGGGCCAAGCGCUUCGGUAAUGCCAAGGGUCCUAUGUCCAGUUCCCAGUUGCUUGCUGGAAGAACUGCUGGACGAGGCGGAUUAACACGCAGCACUCAAUAACAGAUAGCUGAACAGCUUUAGGAGCUCUUAGGAGUAAAACUGGACAGUUCUGCUCCAACGUGUCCUUUUUUCUUAUUCUUUAUAUCUUAUUUGGUGAUUGAUUAUAAGUUGCAAUCAGCAUGCCAUUUAUUCUGUAUUAAGUGGAAACUAUUGCAUCCUUACUUGGUAUGCUUCUGACUGUUGACUACUACCUCCCGUAUCGCGUGCUGAGACUUUCAGUUUAAGGAUUCUGAAGUUACUAACCUUGUGGCAAGAGUAUUUUCCAAAAUGGCAGUGGUGUGCUUGUUGUAUAGAUAGGGAUAUUAGUCUUCUAGCUCAUGUGCUGGAGCCCCUUGUAUUUGUAGUCAGCUAGUGUGAUGUUUCAGGUUUGUUAAUAUUCUUGGAAUCAGAUCAAAUCAGAGUUUCAGCUUUUGCUACCGUUUCAA